AUGGCCACUAAACGCGCCGUCCAACUCUUCACCCUCCGCUCCCAGCCCUCCUCGGUCAUCCGCAGUCGCCAGACGCCACAACUACUGGGUUUGCUGCAGGCUCCGAGGACAAUCAGCCAUGUAGCGCGCGGACUUGACUCGCGGAGAAGAGGUGUCGCAAUUGAAAAGGCGACGAGGUUGUCAAUUGACAGUGUGCAGAAGCGAUGGGAUUCGGGUUCGGCGGGGCAGCCGGGAGACGUGAAGUUGUAUGAUUUCGAGGAUGUCCUCGAAUCCGUCGAAUCCCCAUCCUCAUCCCGCCUCCUCAUCGACGUCCGCGAACCCCACGAAUUCGAAGCAAACGCAAUUCCCACCGCCAUCAACCUCCCCGUCGUCUCGCAACCCGACGCCCUCUUCCUCAGCGAAGAGGACUUUGAAGAUCGGUUCGGGUUCCAGAAACCGCCGGUGGGCAAGGAGGUUGUGUUUUACUGCAAGUCGGGCGUGCGCUGUCAGGCUGCCGCUGGCUUUGCGAGGCAGGCCGGCUAUCUGAAUGUUGGCGAGUAUCGGGGCAGCUGGUCGGAUUGGGAGAGGAGGGGUGGGCCGGGGACGAAGAGCCCGUCUGCGCCUGGGGGGAUGGGGGAGGCCAAGGGGCCUGUGACGGAGAAUAAGCCGACGGCUAGGACGGGGAGUGCGGGGGAGGAGCAUUUGGGGCCAGAGGGUGUUCCGGAGCCGCCCGAGGGGCCGAUGGGAAAGCAGUAG